CUUCACGCAAUUAAUGACCUCAUUAUCUACGUCAUAAUCAGACCCCAUAAUCAUUUUCGAACUCCACCUUCGAACUACCAACUUCCAUCUCUCUGCGCGCUGCAAGUACCGAGCAAAGAAUGGCAAAACGAACGCGCUCUCAGACAGACAUCAACCAGCAACUUCGCUUUGACAUCCUAGACCCAAGUAAAGCAGGUGGGAGCGAGGCCGCAGCAGAUGGGCCUUCGUCUCUUCAACAAAGCGCGCGCACAAUGAUCCUCCAAUCAGUGGGGCUGAAGUACCUCGGGCGCAUUGCAGAGCUUCCGUUGCCGAAGCCCAUGAUCAACAUGCUGUCUAAUCAGCUCGCUGUGGAUGACUUUUUCGUGAAUCGUAACGACCUUGAUGGUGACCACAGGAAUUACUGCGUGUACCCCGCUAAGUGUUUGCUUGACAUGUCGGACGUUUUGUUGAAGUGUGUGCCGGAGUGUUUGGCGAGCGAGGAGGUGAAUGCCGCGGUGGAGCAAUGGACCGGCGUCGCGCACCCUAACCUCAUGUCAUACUAUAUUAAGUUUGCUCAGAGCGGCACUCAAAUUGUGGUGUUUGAAUACCCGCCAUUUGCACUGCCUGACAUCCUCGAUAAACUACGCCGUGAUAACAAAAGAAUCCCGGAGUUUCUCAUCUGGAAAGCAUUCCACGAGUUGUGCUCAGUACUGAAGUAUCUCCACGAUCAGGGAAUGUCCUACACAGGCCUCAAACCCGAGCGCGUUGCAUUUACACAGGAGGGCGUUCUUAAGCUUGAUAGCGGCCUGUUGUACCUACCCUCCCCCGGUCAGGACAUGAUGCAGGGUGCGGCAGUUGGGGACUCGGGAGUGACCGGAGUGUACACCUCUCCAGAGACCCUCAAGGGCGAGGAAAUAACAGUGAAAAACCAGGUUUGGAUCUUGGGUUGCCUGUUGUACGAGAUGGCCGCACGGGAGCCUGCGUACGCCAAUGAGGGAACAGACAUGUUUGGCGCCAUGGCUAACAUCAUGGAAGGAAAGAUCCCUACAUCACUCGAGGGGGGGUACUCUGAGGACAUGCUGCUCACUGUAAGAGACUGCUUACAUAGCGAAGCGCAUGCGCGACCGACGCUGGAGGACUUGCAGGCUCGCUCCAAUGCGAAGAUGGAAGCGCUCGUCCAGACUUACGCGGGAGAAAAUAUUACGUCAUUAUGAAUUCCAAGUCAAAUGGCGAUCGCGCACACGAACCUGAUGUCAUUUGAUCCAGAAUUUUUUAUCUUUUUUUGAAUCGUUUUUAAGGAGAGAAAUGUGCAACACCGAGACAGCUAUGUUAACUAUGCUGUGAGGGCUAAGAACAUUUUAAUACCGGGAAUAUUUCAGUAAAUGAACAUUUUAACCGGGAAUCUUUCAUUCAAUGGACAUUUUAACCGGAAAUCUUUCAGUAAAUGAUAACAACAACAAA